ACAAUUUAUUUUAGGAUGGAUCUGGAUAGCAUGUUAUGGUUGUGUGAGAGGCGAUGCUGAGAGAGAGGGCUAGGAUUACGUACCUAGGGAUCUGUCGGCCUCUCUUGGCUGCUUGUCUCACAGCAGCGGCGAAAUUCGGGAGUUUAUUCGACAGAAACGUGAAAUGCGGCCAGAGUGCGCCAGGAGGCGAACUGGCAGAGGCAAAGUCCCACUGCCUUUCCAGAUUACACAACGGAGCAGAAGGAAGCAUGGAUGCACAGCUUAAAGAACAGGUCCCCAUUUCAAGCAGCCAUUAUCCAAAGGAAGCUGUGAAGAAACGAUCAGGAAAUGCAAGCCGUGAGGCAAGAGGGAGCUCAUCAUCCCGAACCUCCAGGAAAAGCUUCAGAUUGGAUUACCGUCUGGAAGAAGAUGUAACAAGAUCCAAAAGAGGAAAAGAUGGCAGAUUUGUCAAUCCCUGGCCAACCUGGAGUGACCUUGCUUUCACCAACGUGCUAAAGUUCGCUAUGAUGGAGAGAGACCAUACCAACAUCCCAAGUUCAAAGGCAGAACUUGAUGAAGGAUUGCCAAUAUUAGAACCGUACUUUGUAAAAAACCCACAACUGGUCGGGAGUUUGACGAAUGGAAUUCGAGUGACCUGGUUGGGACAUGCAUCACUGUUGGUAGAAAUGGAAGGACUGACUUUUCUGACGGACCCCAUCUUCAGCCAAAGAGCUUCACCUGUGCAAUUCUUUGGACCAAAACGCUUUCGAAACCCCCCAUGCACAGUGGCACAGUUGCCCAAAAUAGAUGCUGUGGUAAUCAGUCAUACGCACUAUGAUCAUUUGGAUUACAAUACAGUGCUAAGUCUUAAUGAACGCUUUGGGGGUGACUUGAGAUGGUUUGUACCACUGGGUCUCUUAGACUGGAUGCAAAAGUGUGGCUGUGAAAAUAUAAUAGAGUUGGACUGGUGGGAGGAGAACUGUGUCCCUGGCCAUGAUGAGGUAACAUUUGUGUUUACACCAGUGCAACACUGGAGCAAACGAACUGUAACAGAUGACAACAAGGUGCUGUGGGGAAGUUGGUGUGUCCUGGGACCCUGGAAUAGAUUUUUCUUCGCCGGAGAUACAGGUUACUGUGUAGCUUUUGAACAAAUAGGGAAAAGAUACGGACCAUUUGACCUUGCUGCCAUUCCUAUUGGAGCCUAUGAACCAAGAUGGUUUAUGAAGUAUAAUCAUGUGAACCCAGAGGAGGCUGUGAGGAUUCAUAUAGAUGUUCAAGCAAAAAGGUCGGUAGGAAUACACUGGGGAACAUUUGCUUUAGCCAAUGAGUACUACUUGGAACCUCGAAGGAAACUUGAGGAAGCUCGAGAAAGAUAUGGAUUGAAACCAGAGGAUUUCUUUGUUUUGAAGCAUGGAGAAUCGAGGAAUGUUGGUGAAAAUGAAGCUUUUCAAUGAAAACAGACACCGAUUAUAAACUAGGUGUGGCUGUUUCACAAAGACGAGUAGAACUAGGCUUGCCUUUCCACUAACCAUACUUUUAAUUUUGGGCUGAAAAUUAAUUGAAAUGCCAUUAGUUUGAGUUGUCACCAUUCUUUAAUCUUGCUGCACAUAUUAAAAACAAGCAUUACAAAUGCUAGCUUUGUCGAGUAAAGUCUUCUUUUCCUCAGUUUUUUAUUGGUUGAUGUCUGUCAAGUGUUUGUUUUAUUGAAGAACCAGAAUACAUUAUUUUAUUGAGAAAUACUUUGGAUAAGUGUGGGUUUUGCAGUUGUUGGCUGCCUAAAUCGAACCUGUGAUUGUCUUCCAUUGUAGAUGUAUUUGACCUGCCAUCUGCACGUUUGCCAAAAACAUUAAGUUUGCACAAUUUAAAUUAAUGGAUAUUUUAAGCAUGUGAAAUGCACAAAGCUUUACUGUAAUUAAAUACACAAUAUAGUUCCAGUUAUAACCCUGAACAUGAAAUGGGAAGUUGGCCUUAAGACAAGUGCCUCUUUAAUAAGCAGGAAUUAUACUGACACUAUACACCAGAGGUUAGGUAACUGUACGAAGAUGUGGAUUAUAAUUGUUUUUUGAAUAAAUCAUUUGUGGCUCUGAGCCAAAUUAUUGGCAAUCAUUGCAAAACUGAGUAUGCUACAUAAUUAGAAGAUGCAGGACUGGAAGGAAAGGAUAAUGGUAGGCUGCACCGUUAACUCAAAGAUGCUUUGCUGGAAAUCUGGCUCAGUCUGAUGUUAAUUAACCUCUACAUUUGUAUUUUAGGCUUUUUUAUAAAUACCAUGUGUCUCCUCUACAGGAGAUAUUUUAAAUAUUUUUAAUCAAUUUGCUUGGGGGAUGGUGGAAGUGUUAUACUUUAACUGUGGGAUAUAAUGUAUUGUGUUUAUUUUCCAAUGUAAAAAUUUAAAGUUUGAAUGGCUGAUGGUUACAUAUUUUGUAGCUAUAAUUGUAAUACUCCUUUUCAAUUAACACUUGAGAACUGUGUGAGUAUAUAGUAUAUGCAUUAUUAGAAUGGAGUAGAAGUGGAGAUGAAAUCAUGAAAAUGUGAUGAAAUGUAAAAAAUGGAGAAGAAACUCCAGUUAACCUCUCAACAACACCAUUCACUGCAAAAUUAAAGUGUCUAUUUUCCUGUUACUA